AAUUGAUCGAUAUAAAUAAUGAAAUUAUUCACCUUCUUAUUCAUAAGUUUCGUGCUCAUUAGUGCUGUAACUGCUGAUGAUCAGUCAUUGACUGUUGAAGAAAUUGCUCAGAAUUAUGGCUAUCCACUUGAAAAACAUCAAAUCACCACGGAAGACGGUUAUAUUCUCACCGCUUUCAGAGUUCCUCAUGGAAGAGACCAGACUUCCGUUAACAGCAAGCCGGUUAUUUUCCAACAUGGUGCCUUCGACAGUUCUGAUGCCUUGUUUGUGCAUGGCCCAGAGGAAUCUCCAGCCUUCAACCUUGCCAACAAAGGAUACGAUGUUUGGGUAACGAACAGGAGAGGUACUAAGUACGGAAGAGAUCAUACAACCAUUAGCCCAGACAAUGACGUCAGUGAGUUCUGGGACUUCACAUUCACCGACUCUAUUGCUGAUGAUAAGGCUAACAUUGACUAUAUCUUGAAAAAGACUGGCAAAUCCAAGCUUGCUUUUGUUGGGCAGGCCGAAUCAUUUGCCACUAUGCUGACUGCCCUCACCACCGAUGAGCAGAAGUGGUUCAAGGAUAGAGUAUCCUUCUUGGUCGGAGUUUCUCCAAUCUCUAAGAUGGAUAACCUCAAGAGUCCUCUUUUAAGAUUCUUAGGAAUCACCGACAUUCCUCUAAAUAUUGUCAAAAUUUUAGGAUACAAGGAGUGGUUCGGAAAAUCAUUCUCCAGUUGGUUUAAGUUCCAAUUCGUUUGCAAUUACUUCCCAGUUGUCUGCGAGAGAAGUCUCCAAAGAAACUCUGAUGGUGAUCCUUCAGUAAACGAUAGAGAUGUUCUUAGAGUUUAUAUGGGACAUUUCCCUGGUGGCUUGAGCGUCAAGAUUUUAGAACAUGAGCUCCAACUUUAUAACCAGGGUAAAUUCCAAUACUUCGAUUAUGGAAAGAAGAAGAAUCUUGAAGAAUAUGGAACAGAGACUCCACCACAGAUACCAGUUCAUGAAAUCAAGGGAUUACCAAUGGCUAUGAUGGUAGGAAGCUCCGAUUUACUCGGCACUGUGAAAGAUAACGAAUGGCUCAGAGACCAACUAAGUGACAACAUCAAAUCCUUCAAAAUCUACGACUAUGGACGCGCUUCUUGGUACAUUGGUAAGGAUAUGCAAUACUUGGAUGACCUCGAUGUACUCCUUAAGAAGUAUGCAUAA